AUGAAGAAACCACUUAGGCGAGAUAUCUCUUUCAUUGCGAAAUAUCCGGAAAGUGCUAUUAUUAUGUGGAUCGGGAACGUUUCAAAAACUGCUCGUAAAAAGAUCUCAUUUACAGAUGGAGUGGAGGAACAGUCUUUGUACAUUAAUUUCUUAUACUGCAUCCCAAAUUCUAAAACUUUGAUCGAAGUUAAUCUCGUUCGUCCCUUAGAUGAAUUAUUUUUACAAACUUGUGACAAGAUAAAGGAAAAAAUCAACAAAGUUAUUCAUAAACAGACAAACGAAGUGGUUGGUGAUGAAAGUGAGACAUCUGAAUUUGUAUUUUCUGCACCAAAUCAUCCUAAUUUGCUUCUCUUCACAAAUGAAGAAAUAUAUAAAAAUGAAAAUUUACUUAAUAUAUAUAUCAAUAAAGACGUGUACCGUUUAUUACGGGAUCCUCCUCGAUGUACAAAACUAGUUCUAAAACUGAAACCACUAGUCGGAUGUCCUCUCAUGGCCAGUUUCUCAUUAGCGAAUAACUCACAAAAAAUAGAGCUGUUAUUUCACUGGUAUGUUGGAGAACCAGAUACAUCACUAAUUUCACCAGUUAUGAAUAAUACUUCAGGGGAAAAACCAAAGUAUUCAAUGGAUGGUUGGGUCUAUCGUUCUACAGGCAAUUAUUUUUGUCCUACUGUUGAAGAUAUUGGAAAACGUAUUUGCGUAUUACUCGAUAUGGGAGCAGAUGCAAUCGUAUAUUGUACUGACAGUGAUGAUGAAGUUUCGGAAAUCGGUGAAGCAUUGAUUUUCGAAGAAAGACAAGCUACUUUUUGUCAAAACCCCGCAAAUAGUGGAAAUACACGGGUGAUUUCAUAUAAUAUUCUUGCUAAUUUAUACUUGGAUUUAAAGCUCAAACAAGAAGAUCUGUAUUUUCCAUACUGCGCAAAGGAGUAUCAAGGCUACGAUUAUCGUUAUCCCAUCUUACUUCGGGAAAUUCCUGGUUACCAAGCAGAUAUCAUAUUUUUGCAAGAAGUAGAUGAACGAUUGUGGUUACGCUUUUUACCCGAGGUGAUGAGCAUCUAUGGAUAUGAUUGCCAUUUUAAGAGGAAAGGAAUGAAAGUAAAUGAAGGAUUAGUCAUCUGCUUUCGUAGAAAACAGUUCAGGUGUCUUGAAAGCUAUGAUAUGUGGUUGCCGGAUCUUUUGAAUACUGAAAUAUACCCUGAGAAUGUUGAUAUAAUUGAGCUACUUAAAAACAAUAAUGAAUUAAACGCGAUGUUUAUAUCAAAACCUGCAGUUAUACAGGUGCUAGUACUGGAUAGCAGUAAUAUGUUCGCUCAAGAAAGUGGUAUUUUAUUACUUGCAAAUACUCAUUUGUAUUUUGAUCCUCGCUUUGACAUCAUUAAAAUACUGCAAGCAUUACUUUGUGCUCGAUGGAUUGUGCGUGUUGCAACAGACUAUGCAAAACGCAACCCUGAUGCGAAGUUGCAUAUUCUGUUUGCUGGCGAUUUUAAUAGCACACCAGAUGGAGCUGUUUAUCAAUUGCUCAGUACAGGAAAUAUAUCGGUUAAAAGUGAGCACUGCGCAUGUAGCCAUAUAUAUGGUGAUGUAAAUUUUACCAUUCAACCAUCUUUUCCAUCGUUCAGCUUGCAGCUGACAAGUUUGGGGGAUGAAACACAGUUCACAAAUUAUACUCGUCAUUACCGUUAUGAUGGGGAAAUUGCUGGUUUCGAAGGAUGUUUAGACUACAUUUGGGGAAGUGCUAAUGUGAAAGUACAGAAAGUUAUUCCAGUGCCACCAAAAGAACUUGCUAAGAAAUAUGUUGCAUUACCAUCUAAGAUAUCUCCUAGUGAUCAUUUACCAUUAGUAUGUGAUAUACAGCUUCAGUGA